AUGAACGGCCACUUUUCCGCCGUCGGCGACAAGCCGGAGGGCGGCGGCAGCUACGAGCACGGCGUCCAGGUCAUUGACGAGGACAAGGAGUUCAACGCGAACCUGACCGAGUACCUCCACGUUAGCCAUGUGGCCGAGGCUGGCUUCAACUACCACCUCAUCUCCGUCUUCGGCUCCCAGUCGACGGGCAAGUCGACCCUGCUCAACCACCUCUUCGGCACAGAAUUCUCCGUCAUGUCCGAGACGGAGCGCCGCCAGACCACAAAGGGCAUCUGGAUGUCCAAGAACAAGCGCGGCGAGAGCGCCGGCGCAAAAAUGGCCGACAACAUCCUCGUCAUGGACGUCGAGGGCACCGACGGCCGCGAGCGCGGCGAGGACCAGGACUUUGAGCGGAAAAGUGCCCUCUUUGCCCUCGCCACCAGCGAGGUCUUGAUUGUCAAUAUCUGGGAGCACCAGGUCGGCCUCUAUCAGGGGGCCAACAUGGGCCUGCUCAAGACCGUCUUCGAAGUCAACCUACAGCUCUUCCUGAGAGACAAGCAAUCUACCCCGAGAUCCCUCCUCUUCUUUGUCAUCCGCGACCAUCUCGGCACCACGCCCCUGGCCAACCUGCGAACCACCUUGACCCAGGACCUGACCAAGAUCUGGUCCACCAUCUCCAAGCCCCAGGGGCUCGAGGGCUCUCGCAUCGAGGAUUACUUCGACUUUGGCUUCGCUGCCCUUCCCCACAAGAUCCUCCAGGACGACAAGUUCAAGAGCGAGGUCCAGAAGCUCGGCUCGCGCUUCACCGCCGGGCACAGAGUUGGUAAGCCGGGCAGCCACGCCGACCACGAACUUGAGGGGGGCCUCUUCUUGCCCGAGUACCACCGACGAAUCCCCGCCGAUGGGCUCUCGGUCUAUGCCGAGGGCAUCUGGGACCAGAUCGUCAACAACAAGGACCUCGAUUUGCCCACCCAGCAGGAGCUGCUGGCCCAAUUCCGAUGCGACGAAAUCUCACGCGAGGUCCUCGUUGCCUUCGACCUCGUCGUGACACCACUUGAGGAGCAGCAGAGCGAGGCAACCAAGCUGGGCAAGAUCCUGGUCUUGGCUGACUUGGGCGCCACGGGUGUCAAGGUACGCGGAAACUGCGUCAAGGCGUUUGAGUCUCAGGCGAGCCGCUACCACAAGGCAACGUACACACGCAAGAGGCAGGAGCUGGAAGCCAAGGUGGACACGAGGCUCAAGGCGCUCUAUCAGGGACAGCUGACGGCGGCCCACAAGGCGGGAGUGGCGGCCUUUAGCGAGGCCGUCACCAACAAGGUCAAGGCGGGACAAAAGGCCGGCGGCGGCUACGAAUUCGCCGAGAUUGUGGCCCACGAAAAGAAGAAGACGCUCGAGAUCUUCGAGGCAGAGGCUACGAGCCUUGCCAUCGAAGGGGUUGCCUGGACCGGCUUCAAGCCGCAAUGUCAGCUGUUCGAAACGGAACUGGACGAGGUCAGCGCGAAGCUGCGCAAGGAAGAGAUGCGACGGCUGGCCACUCGCGUGGAGCGCUGGGUCAAGUCACGACUGGGCGACGCCGUCGGCCUGGAGUUCAACAAGCUGGAAAAGGACCUCUGGGACAGAAUCUGGACCGUCUUCACCGGCGUCGUCGCCGAGGCCGAGGGCCGGUUCGCGGAGCGUGCCAAGAGCUUCGACGCUAGCAACGAGGAGGCCGAGGUUGGCAUGUGGCGCCUGCGCCGGAAGAGCUGGGUCGGUCUCCGGGAGAAGAUUGAUGAAGAGGUGAUGGAGGGCAACAUCCUCCUGAAGCUCCGAGAAAACUUUGAGGAUAAGUUCCGCUACGACGAGGCCGGCGUGCCCCGGAUAUGGCGCCCAACCGACGACAUCGAGGGCCUCUACACCAAGGCGAGGGAGUCGACGCUGACGCUCAUCCCGCUGCUCUCGAGGUUCCGCCUCUCCGAGACGUACACUCCGCCGGACCUGCCUGGCUUUAUCGGGCCCCAACCCCGCGGCGUCGAGGUCGCCGACGAAGAGGACCUGCCUCCGAUUGGCGGCGUGGACGAAGUCGAGAGCAGGAGCCUGGAGGAAGAGAUGACGGUCCUCAGCGAGGGCAAGCGGCAAGACCUGGUGGUGCGGUUCAAGAAGACUGCCGACGGGGUGUACGUCGAAGCCAAGCGUAGCGCCAUUGGCGGCGUCGCUCAGGUCCCGUGGUACUUUUACGGCCUGCUGCUGGCAUUGGGCUGGAACGAGAUCUUUAUGGUUCUGCGGAACCCGUUCCUGUUCAUCCUCAUCAUCAUGAUGGCUGGAGGAACAUAUGUGGCGUACGCGCUCAACCUGCUGGGUCCCAUGAUGCAGAUGACCAACGCGGCCGCCACCCAGGGCAUCGACAUUGCCAAGCAGCAGCUGCGCGACUUCAUCGCUAAUUCAGAGACGGCAAGGCAGGCUCUGGCCGUGCCGGCGACAAACGGCACGAGCGGGGCGGACGUUGACAUGGACCGGCUGGACAGCCGGGGGAAAAAGACACGUCCGGCGGCGGACGAGGACGACGAGAUUUGA